AUGCAUAUUUCCAGUCCCCUACUGGUGCUGCUGACUCUCGCCAGAAGCGCACUCAGCCAAACCACCCCAACAUGCCCCCUUCUCGGACCCGUCUUCCCGCCUGUUCGCAAGAACCUCGGCGACUCUAGAGCCAUCAAAGAUGCAGUUGUUCAGCUGACUGGCCUGAUGGAUGAAGUCGUGGAGGCUGGCACAAAUACGACCUUCUACGUGCAAGCCUUUUCAGGAACAGACAAACUCUUCCACUACAAAUACGUUCCGGAAUCCACGAAAAAGUCUUUGACAUCUGGCUCCUUGAACGAAAACACGGUAUUCCGCAUUGGAAGUGUCUCAAAGCUCCUCACUGUUUACACCCUUCUUGCUGAAGUUGGCAUCAAACGGUUGAAUGACCCUGUCACCCAGUGGGUUCCCGAGCUGGCCAAGGCUGUCAAGCAUCGAAGAGAUCCUGUUCAAGGCACUCAAUGGGAUGAAGUGACCAUUGGUCAACUGGGAAGUCACAUGUCCGGUAUUGGGCGAAACUUUGGAUUUGGAGACUUUUCCGUACAGCUGAAAGACUUAGGGCUCAGUCCCGAAUCUUUCGGUUUGCCCUCCCUUAAAAAGCAAGACACCCCUGCAUGCGAUGCUGCAUUUGGCAAAAGAGCCUGUACUCGCAAAGAGUUUUUCAAGGGCAUCACCUCCAAGAUAGCUCUCCCGGUGACUUCAACCUCAAACACUCCAAUCUACUCCAACAUGGCAUAUCAGAUCUUGGCAUAUGCUCUGGAGGCGAUGACCAACAAGACGUUUGAAGAGUCGUUCAAUUCAGCACUUCUCGGCCCUCUUGGGCUCAAUAACACAACGCUAGAAGCUCCCAAAGAUGACAGCAACGCCGUGAUUCCCGGAAACAAGACCAUCUCGUGGUGGGAUCGUACAAUGGCUGAUGCUAGUCCCUACGGCGGCAUGUUCUCGACUCCCUCAGAUCUCACGGCUAUCGCGCAAUCCAUUCUUAGCUCCUCUAUUCUGCCCGACCACGUCACCCGAGCGUGGCUUAAGCCUGUGUCGCACACCGCAGAACUCCAAGCGUCCGUGGGUAUGCCGUGGGAGAUUCGGCGUCUGCUACUUCCCAUCUCCCCCAAGUCGAACCAAACCCGUGUCGUUGAUCUUUACACCAAAAACGGCAUGUUGGGAUCCUACAGCUCCAUGCUUGCUCUUUCACCGGACCACGAUUUUGGUUUCGUCAUCUCGCUCGCGGGUGAUAUCGCGGGGGCGGACCUGUUAUCCCUUGUACCCAGCCUCAUCACUCAGACAAUGAUUCCUGCCCUUGAAGAAGCCUCACGAGAGACGGCAAAGGCUAGGUUCGCCGGUAAAUACGAGAACUCCCAUGGCAAAAUCGUGGUCGGAGUCGACGAUACUCUGAGCGGUCUGGUAGUUCAGAACUGGACAAGAGGUGCCGUCGACAUGCUGCAGACAUUUAGGGACGUUUUCAACAUGGGAUAUGCUGGGCUGAGGCUCUAUCCCGCGGGUAUUGAGAACAAUGGAACCAUCAGAUUCAGGGGGGUGUAUGAGAACAGGGCAGUCGAGCCUGUAUCAACCGACCUUGAUCCUUGGACUGACCUUUGUAUGUCGUGGGGUGGUGUUGAUGCGGUCAAGUAUGGGGACAUUGGCAUCGACGACUUCGAGUUCAAGUUGGAUAACAGCGGCCAUGCGACUGGUAUCACGCCAAGGGUGUGGAGAGAAACCCUUGACAAGGUCAAGAAGUAG